GUGUACUUCUUAACUUUUUUGUCUACUUCUCAACUUCACGUGUUGGAGGGGGAGCAACUGUGACACGUGAGUGGCGGCGCGAGACGUAACACCUUGUUUUCCUCAAAAAAAAUAUGGGCGGGGUCUUUGUGAAGCCUUUUGCCGCGUUCGCCGACUAGUUUAGAAAAAUCAAGGCAAAGCGGAGCGCGUGCACGCGAGUGAUCAAUUGCGCAGUGUGAAUGACCAAAAACUCGGUCUGACCGAGUCGCCGACUCCCGUGAAAUAUUUGGCAUGCUGAAUAUCUGGACCUGUCGGCGACUCAAAGUCGUGCAGUGUGAAAGGAGCUCUGACUGAUGCAUACCUCGUCGAUGACCUACAGCCAAUGAGAGAGCGAGAUACAGGGCAGCGGUCAGUUCGGGGAGGAGUUAUAGACCACAAUAUCAGCAAUGUUAUUAUAGUCUUGGAGAAUGAAAGGACAUGUGAGAGAAGCGCUCGCGGAUGAGCGGCUCAUUGUGCGCCAGUUCCGGUUCGAGGACAACGCUGAUGUGCAGCGGAUAUUCCGCGAGGGCAUGCUGGAGAUGAUCCCGGACACGGCGUUCCGCGCGCUCAGACACCAUCCUGAAAGUCUGCUCCUCUACUUGUUCAUGCUGAUCCUGUCUUUCUUGCUGACUGAGUCUUUGAUCUUUACCUGCUGUGUCCCUCUGCUGGUGCUGUUGGCACGCUACCACUACAGUCGGCAAGUGAUCCUCAGGUGUCUGGAGCGUACACAAAACACAGACAUGAGUGACAUUGAAAAGUACUACCUGAAAUCACCAGGGUCAGGUUUCUGGGUAGCAGUGCUGGAAGGCCGUGUAGUUGGUAUAGUGGCAGUGAAGCCACAUGGGACUGACUCUCUGGAGCUGCUCCGCAUGUCUGUGGACCACCACUGUCGGAAGGGUGGAGUUGGUUCAACUCUGGGUCGCACAGUGCUGGAGUUUGCACGCCAAUUUGCACACACUGCCUUGUCCACUUCAUCAUUUUCAGUCAUUCUGGGCACCACAGCUUACACCCCAGCUGCCCACCGCCUGUACUGGUCACUUGGUUUCUGCCAUGUUGGCACCACGGAGGGCUACACUAUACCUGGUGAUGAUGGCCCCAUUUGGCAGUGGCUAUUUUACAGAGUGCGUCAUCACCAUUACAGACUUGAAAUAAAAUGAAUGUAGUUCGAUUGGAAUUAAGUGUGUGGAAAAAUUCUUGUACUUAUAUGCAUUCUCUACUGAUUAAUUGUAUCAGUUACAGAUCUUGCAGAUUACUUCAUAUUUAAUCAAUGUAUUAUUAGAUCACAGUAUGAUUUAAGAAACAGCUGCAAUAAAUAUGAUUCUGCAACAAAAAUGGCAGCCAGACUUGGAGUUUAAAUGAAGAUGAUUUAAAUGACAGACUUAAUACAUCUCAUAUUACAUCAUGUAUACAUUAACUUGGACACAAUGGAUAAUGGAUUCUACACUACGGAUCAGAAGAUUCUAGGUUCAACUCCUUUCUGGCUUGGCCACCUUUGGGCACAGUGGUAGCUCUAGUGGUUAAGGCUCUGGGUUGUUAAUCAGGGUUCAAGCCCCAGCACUGCCAAGCUGCCAAUGUUGGGCCUUUGAGCAAGGCCCCCAACCCCCAUGCUUCAGGGGGCGCUGCGUCAUGGCUGACCCUGCACCUGACCCCAACCCUCCAAGAAUGGGAUAUGUGAAGAAAGAAUUCCACUGUUUAGUAAUGUAUAUGUAACGAAUAAAGGCUACUUACCUUCUAUAAUCAUGUGCAAGGUUACCAGUAACAUCUGCUGUGCAGUGCUGUACAGUUUUCCUGAAGCUAAAAUGAGCUGUAACUGGUACAUUGUAUAGGUCACUUGGAACACCACUCAAAAAGAACACUGCAAACUUAGAUCAGGUGUCCUUGAUGGACAUACAGAGGACAUUUCUUGACUCUUAUCCAUUGAGAGAUAAGGGCCUUUGCUCAACGCCCCAACAGUGGCAGCUUGGUGGGACUGGGAUUCAAACUCAACCUUCUGAUCAGUGUAGAACACCUUAACCACUAAGCUACCACGUCCCCUUAGAGAGUGCAGACAGAAACAUCACCCAUUUAAUCAUGCAUUGUAAUUAAAUUAUGAUGCAACGGUCAUUGAUAGUAAUGGGUUUUUUUUAUAUUUCAUUUGUGCUGUGUCAUAGAGACCAUGGCUAUUAGUUUGUGUGUGUGUGUGUGGCUUUUAAUUCUUACCUGUUCCACUUUUUCACUCUGAUGCCUCUGAAACAAUAUGCACUUAUGUUACAGUUAUACCCCAUUCUCACAUUUUACACUUUAAGAAAGACCUUACACUUUAUAGUCCUGUUGUUGUUUUGAUGUUUUUCCACAAAUAGCAAUAAAUCAAUUCAAUUAAACAAUAAAUUUGUCAAGCGUAGCAUUAUUUGGCUGAGUCAUGGUGAAAUUGGGCGGGAUUAUAUUUUGAUUAUGUCACAUAAUGUAUAUAUAGAGAGAGAGUACAAUCUGGCAACCCUGCUACUCUGAGUUC